AUGGUGACCUGCCUCCAGAAAUGCAGAAGAGAUUCCAACUGCUCGGGACUUGCAUUGGGUCCUGUCAAUAAUGAAACAAACGAAUUUACAAGAACUUGCCAUACACUUUGGUAUAUUGAUGACUCGAUUUGCAGCAAGGACGAGGAAUGCGUGCAACUUGGAUUUCAAGUCUUUCACUUAUCAAAACCAUUAACGACCACUACCGAAGCGACAUCUAUUAAGUCUGUUACAGAAGAUGAAACUUCAACAAUGCCAUCAACUACCAUCACAACAACAGAAGUUAAUACAAUUACGACUGAUGGAUCCGAAACUUCAACACAAUACACGACUACGCAAACAGAAGAAACAACUGUGAUAAGAGAGUCAUCAACCACUCCAACGGAAUCCAGUACUACUACAACAGAGCCAUCGACUACUGCAAAAGAAUCUACGACAACAAAGUUUUCGGUUACUUCAACAGAGCCUAUAACUACUACAACAUGGCCUUCAACUACAACAACAGAAUCUGCGAGUACGACAGCAGAACCGUCAACUACAGCAACAGAAUCGACAAGUACAUCAACAGAAGCUAUGACUACGACAACAGAAACUACUACUACAACAACAGAGGAGUCGAUUUCCACAACAACAGAAGCACCAACUACCACAACAACAGAAGCACCAACUACCACAACAACAGAAGCACCGACUACCACUACAACAGAAGCACCGACUACCACUACAACAGAAGCACCGACUACCACUACAACAGAAGCACCGACUACCACUACAACAGAAGCACCGACUACCACUACAACAGAAGCACCGACUACCACUACAACAGAAGCACCGACUACCACUACAACAGAAGCACCGACUACCACUACAACAGAAGCACCGACUACCACUACAACAGAAGCACCGACUACCACUACAACAGAAGCACCGACUACCACAACAACAGAACAAACGACAACUUCUACACAGCCUACUUCAACAAUAGGUACCAGCUCACCAACAACUGAGCUCACCACCACUACUUCCGAAUCCACAACUCAGGCUACAACAACAACAACAGAAGCAUCUAAAUGUGGUGGUGGCAUGUUCGAUAGCUCAUAUCAUUCCGAAUGUAAAGAUAACGAAUAUGAAUGUGAUACUCCCUUGACAACUUCCGUGUGCACCGACCUACCAAGAGAUCAGCAGCUGAUCACCGGUUUGGCAGAUGAUGAGGCGCUGUUCAAGGAGGAUUCGGAGAUGAAAGCGGUAUGCAAGAACGUAUUCAAGGACAGCACCUUUCAGAUAGACUCCAAGAAGACUCCUCGCAAGCCUUUCGAUGGAAAAUUGGGUUGCGAUGAAAAUCAAAUAAUUACUAGCAUUGAAGUUUGUUACGAAAAGAAAUUGAAAUUCAUUUCCGUCGAAUGCAGCCAACUCAUGGCCAAAUACAAACUAGAAGACUCAAGGGACAAAAUUAGCAAUAGUAAGCAGGAUCUCGGAAGUGCUGUCUGUCCUGAUGACAAAACUCUAGUGGCCCUCACACUAAAUAACGAUGAUGAUGGCGAUGUCGGUGUUGAAAUCGAAUGUGCUAAAAUAGCAACAACAGCAACAAAAAUAUAA